UUACUAUAUGCUUAACCCUAAGCUUUCUUCACACCACGGUGGCCUUUUCUUCUUUCUUUAUCUCUCUAAACAGCUUCGCCGACGAUUUGUUCCUCCUCACUCCUCACUCCUCACUCACUCUCCCCUAAAGAGAUCCUCCAAGAUCCAAUCUUUCCUUCCCGAUUCAAUCUCAAAAAUGCCAAACGACGAAGAAACCCCAAAUCCAAUCAAAACCCAAACCACCCCCGAAACUUGGCGCACACUCCUCCUCCGUCAAGCCUCCGUCUACGGCGUAGCCGCCGGCUACUGCAUCUCAGCCUCCCUCCUCUCCAUCAUCAACAAAUGGGCAAUCACGAAAUUCCCUUACCCAGGCGCCCUAACCGCUCUCCAAUACCUCACAAGCGCAGCCGGCGUCCUCCUCUGCUCCCGCCUCUCCCUCAUCGAACACGACCCUCUGACCCUCUCCACCAUGUGGAGGUUCCUCCCCGCCGCCAUGAUCUUCUACCUCUCCCUCUUCACCAACAGCGAGCUUCUCCUCCACGCCAACGUCGACACUUUCAUCGUCUUCCGCUCCGCCGUCCCCAUCUUCGUCGCCGUAGGCGAGACCCUCUUCUUGAGCCAGCCCUGGCCUUCUGUCAAGACGUGGGGAGCCUUGGGGACUAUCUUCGGAGGAAGCUUGCUCUACGUUUUGACUGAUUAUCAGUUCACCGUCGCUGCGUACAGCUGGGCGGUUGCGUAUCUUGUGUCUAUGACUAUAGACUUUGUCUAUAUCAAGCAUGUGGUGAUGACGAUUGGUUUGAACACGUGGGGGCUCGUGCUUUAUAACAACCUCGAGGCGUUGCUUUUGUUCCCUCUUGAGUUGCUUAUAAUGGGGGAGUUGAAGAAGAUUAAGCAUGAGAUUAGUGAGGAGUCUGAUUGGUAUGAGGUUCAAGUUUUGUUGCCUGUGGGGCUGUCUUGUUUGUUUGGUUUGGCUAUCUCCUUCUUUGGAUUCUCUUGUCGGAGGGCUAUUUCGGCGACGGGGUUCACGGUGCUUGGGAUUGUGAAUAAGUUGUUGACGGUUGUGAUUAAUUUGGUUGUGUGGGAUAAGCAUUCGACUUUUGUUGGGACUUUGGGGUUGUUGAUUUGUAUGUUUGGUGGGGUUAUGUAUCAGCAGUCUACUGUGAAGAAGCCGAGUGUUGGUGCUGCGCAAGAAGGUAAACCGCAAGAGGAGGAGGAAGAGAAGCUGCUGGAGAUGGUGGAGAGUAAGGAGAGUAGUGACAGUAUUGUUGAAGUGAAGGAGGGUUUGAAGUCAGAAGAGAAAGUAUGAAUCAUAUCCCAUCUAGUGAAGAUGGUGAAUCAGAUUCAUCUCUGUGGAUGGCACUCUCUUUGCUUGAUAUUGUAGGUAGUGGUUAUGCAAUUCUUUUUGUAACUAGGAGGUAUAAGAGUACUGCUUUAUUCUUGUUUAAGUAAGAAGAACAUGAUC